AAAAACCUUUCUACAGUAUUUCCCUGUUUGGCCAUAAAUCCAUAUUUCUAUUAUAGAUGUUAUUCUAAAAUAUAUUUAUUAUUAUUACAUGAUGCAGUGUUUCUCCCACAGUAGUGACAAUAUAUUGUUAUAAAUCGGUAUCCGUGUCGGUCCAGUCGUGGACAAAUGAAAAUGUGAUGCAAUCCAAAGAAAUCUUGCAACGUGAGAAAGGAAAACGGGCUCCAAAAAACAAAACGAUGCAAAACCGAAAACCACGCACGAAUCCCAAAACGCCAGCUGGAGCAAAAACACCGGCAUAUUCAAUAACGGAAGUGCUCCAGGCCUGUGGGGGGCGCUGUUGUGCAGCUCUACGACCAGCUAUUACGAUACUCUGGGACUACUUCCUUCUUAUUUUAUUAAAAGGCCUGGUCAUGGAUACAGGUUGUCCUCCUGUAACCCCGCAGGUUUUAUGAUCAGUGUUUUAAAACUGCAGGCGGCUGAGUAGCUGGAGCCACGUCGGUCAUUUCCGCGAGCCCAGAGGAAGAGAAGCUGCGGCAGAUCACUGGAAGCCUGGAGGAGGAUUGGCUGUUAGGCCUCUGUGUUGUUCUGCUCGUCAUUCCAAUUGUAAUGGCUGUUCUGGUUUUUUCUGUGUUGCAGAGGUUUUCUUGGGCUUGUUGCUGAAGUGCACUUGUGUGUUUGGACGUGUUCCCAGCUCCAUGAGUUUGAUAGUUCUGUCCAGAACCCCUCCCUUUCCCCACACACACAGGUGACAGCAGACAUUUUCCCCACCCACACCCUGCUUCUGAUUGGCUGUGAUCCUGAUGGCAACGAGCACGAGCCAAUCAGAGGGAAAGUAUGGUCGAGUGCUGAUGGCGCAGCCGCCGUUUGCGACGAGAGCACUCCCUGCGGAGGGGAGCGCCGUGGAGCUCAGUGUUCUCGGCUUCCUGGAAUCCUUCAAGGAAGAUAACAGCACGGCCGAGAUAUGCUAUCACUCCCAUUCCCGCAGCAGCGUCCUGCAGGGCCUGCCGUUUGGAGGGGUGCCCACAGUACUCACCAUCAACGUGUUGCUCUGGAUGUUGUUCUUGCUCGUCUUCUCCUGUCUGAGGAAGGCUGCCUGGGACUACGGCCGUCUGGCUCUGCUCAUGGAGAAUGACAGCCUCACGUCCCUCUUCUAUGGAGAACCCAGUGAGAAAGAGAAGUCUCCGUCAGAGUCCAGCCCGUCUGACUCCGAGACCAAGGACAUGGGCUUCUGCUCGUGGCUCUCAUCGCUCUACCAUAUGAAGGAUGAGGAGAUCCGCAGCAAAUGUGGCAUCGACGCCGUCACGUACCUGUCCUUCCAGCGCCACAUCAUCCUGCUCAUGACUGUCGUGUGCUUGCUGUCGUUGGCUGUGAUCCUGCCCGUCAACCUUUCCGGGAACCUCCUGGGCGAUAAUCCAGAGAACUUUGGACGAACCACGCUGGCUAACGUUGGCGCUAAGGACAACUUCCUGUGGCUCCACAGCGUCUUUGCUCUGGUUUACUUCGUCCUCACGCUGCUGUGCAUGGCUCACCACUCGAUAAGGCUGGAGUACAGGGAGGAUGAGAAGGUGGCAAGGACGCUGAUGAUCACCUCCAUACCCAGAGAGAUCUCUGACCCAGGACUGAUCACCAAACAUUUACAGUACACAGUUUCUCACAUACGCACAUGCACAGUCUCUGCGUGUGUUCCUGGUGACCAACUUCUUCUGCUUCUUCCAUUCCCUAGCGAGGCGUACCCCAGCUGUACGGUCACCGACCUCCGCUUCUGCUUCGACGUGCACAAGCUGAUGAGGUUGGACCUCGAGAGACGUAAAGCGAUGAAAGGCAGACUCUACUUUGCCACAAAGGCCCAGAAAGAGGGGAAGAUCAUGAUCAAGACCCACCCGUGUGCGCAGAUCUUCUGCUGUGACAUUUGUGGCUUUGAAAAGGUGGACGCAGAGCAGUACUACAGUGAACUGGAAGAAAAGUGGACCGACGAGUUCAACGCGGAGAAAAACCGCAUCUCUAUGAGGAGGCUGGGCAUCGCCUUUGUGACUUUCCGCGACGAGAGGAUGACCGCCGUGAUCGUGAAGGACUUCAGUCGCGUGCACUGCCGACGCAGACCCCAGCAGUCCAGCAUCACCACGGUGGUGCAGUCUCACAAAUGGGGGGUCAGCUAUGCACCUGCUCCCAGUGACAUCAUCUGGGAAAACCUGUCCGUGUGUGGAUCUCGCUGGUGGCUCCGCUGUGUCCUCCUCAACAUCCUCCUCUUCCUGCUGCUCUUCUUCCUCACCACUCCCGCCAUCAUUGUCAACACCAUGGACAAGUUCAACGUCACCAAGCCCGUGGAGAGCCUGCGGAGCCCUGUCAUUACCCAGUUCUUCCCAACCCUCCUGCUGUGGGCGUUUUCAGUUCUCCUGCCCUUCAUCGUCUACUACUCGGCCUUCUUUGAGUCCCACUGGACCAGAUCCGGUGAGAACCAAGUCACGAUGCACAAGUGCUUUUUACUGCUGGUCUUCAUGGUCAUCAUACUGCCCUCCCUUGGUCUGUCCAGCCUCGACCUUUUCUUCACCUGGCUCUUCGAUGUCCACUUCCUGGACGAGAGGGACAUCAAGUUCCAGUGCGUGUUCCUCCCCGACAAUGGCGCGUUCUUCGUCAACUACGUGAUCACGUCCAGCCUGAUCGGCACGUCCAUGGAGCUGCUCCGCGUCCCGGCGCUGACGGUCUACGCCCUGCGGCUCUGCUUCGCCAAGUCGCAGGCGGAGCGGAUUCACGUCAAGCGGAGUCAGGCCUAUGAGUUCCAGUUUGGCCUGGAGUACGCCUGGACCAUGUGUAUCUGUGCAGUCACUAUGACCUACAGCAUCACGUGUCCCAUCAUCACUCCCUUCGGUCUGCUCUAUGUGAUCCUGAAGCACAUGGUCGACCGUUACAACAUCUAUUAUGCAUACGUUCCCACCAAACUCAACCAGCGGAUCCACAGAGCAGCCAUCAGCCAGGUCAUCAUGGCUCCUCUUCUCUGCAUGUUCUGGCUACUCUUCUUUUCUGUGCUCAAAUUAGGUCCUUUGCACCCCAUCACCCUCUUCACCUCGGUGUCCCUGCUCUCCUGUAUCGUCUUUUCCCUCUUGCGCUUGUGCCUUAGGAAGCGACCAGACAAGUCAUCCAGCUACCAGAUGUCUGAUCAGCCAGUGGAGGGUGCAUUCACUGAUGCAGACAGAAGUACUGUAACGUCCACCACUGCCUCCAAUCUGUUUGUGGCGUCUGUGCUACUGGAGCCAGAGCUGGCUUUGACUCCGAUGCCCUCCCCGGCUCACCAUAGCUACGGCGCGAUUUCCAGCCCCCAGGAUUCGAGCCACAACCCAGUGGAGGAAGAGGAGUGUGAGGAAGACCAAGCCCGGACCCAUGAGACUGAGCUCCAAGACCCACCAGACCUGCGCUGCUCUAGUCCACUCAUGGACACUCCUGUAGGCUACCAGUAACACCAGAAUUACUCAAGCUGAUUUCCAUGUGUUCCCUCACCCAGGAAAACACAGAUUGAUAAUUUCCACAAUGCUGCGUGUUUGCCACUGACCUCAGACUGUAAUUUAGCUGCCUCAGAUGCUGAGAUUAACCUGGGCUUAUCAGAUAUGGUGGCGAACCUAAAAGGAAGGAAUGGAGCUUAAGAAUACAGGAGCAGGAUCCAAAUUAACAUCACCACUCUUAAUAUGUCAACUGGACAUGAACCGCCCGUCAAUCAUUAUCAAACAACUUUAACACACAGAUCAUUUUAGUUGACUUUGUGGAGGCUCAGUCGCCGAGAUUCCACCCUUGUCUAUGGCUUUAUUUGCAAGUAAAAAGGUUCAAACGCCUCAGUCAGAGAUACCGUGUUCAUGCCGUGCCACUUGGACAUGAGUGGAAGUGAAAGUGUUUAUCAGAGUGGGUGGUGUGAACAGGCUUGCCCCGACAGACUGACAUGAGCGAUAUCUGGUAGCGGAGCUUGGGGGAGGGGGAGGGGGAGGGUGAGGGCAGCUCUAUGCGAAGCCAUCUGCAGCGAGAGAGCAGACAGACGGAGGGCCCGGUCUAAGUCAGAGAUGUACUGUAAUAAAUGUACGCUCUCUCCAUGGAGGCACAAGCAGCUUGUCUGCACCCGAAGCUUGUCGUAACUUUUAUCGAUUGCUAUUUUUGCUACAGUAUUUUUGGUGUAAUUGAUAUUGUGCUUUGGGUUUGAAGCAGCUGCCACUUGAUAUUUGGCCAAGGAUUUCCGGAGUUGUCCAAUAUAAUCGGUGUUUUCCUGUGUAUGUGAUACAAUUGUUGGUUUAUUUAUUUAUUUAUUUAUUUAUUUAUUUAGAAUUAAUAGGUUUUUUUGUUACAUUUUUGGAAGAAAAAAAAUUCUCGGAGAACGCAAACUUCUGCCAAGGCCACUCGAUUUCCCACAGUGUUGAUAAUCUCUCCCCAUCCCACAAGGUUAAAUAUACUUUAUUAAACAAACAAUCUGACUCCAGAUCCAAAUCCAGAUCCAUUUUUUUCCACCUGGCCAUAAGCUAGGCUACAGUACAUCCCCAGCAAACAUAGCUACUGCCAGCAGCUAAUUAGCUUAGCUUAGAUUUGUUUUGCUUUGCUUAACUUAACUUUAAGAGUGGAAACGGGGCGAAACACUUAGCCCAGAGCAAGAGACAGGACUGUAACUUUGUGGAAUGUUGUUUGUACCUCUGUGCGGACAGAGGUACAAGCCAGGAAGUUAAACUAAGAUAAUGCAGGUUUUAAGUUAGCUACUGGCGGUAACAUAUUCAACACAUACACUGGGCCGGGUCUACUAUUAGUCACACUUGUACCGCUAAGCACAAAAAAAUAUGCUUUUUAAAAGCAUAUUUUAAGCAAAAUGAAUUAUUACAUGAUUAUUAUGUCAAUGAGUGGAAAUGGCAGUUUUUUUCCUCCAUAUGCCGAAUAUGGCCAAACAUGACAACAGUAGUAAAAAUGAUCAAUUCCAAGGCAAAAGCCCAGAUUGACACCCACAUAUAAUAAAUUGCAUGUAUUAUGCUUUAAUGGAAGUGAGAUUUCUUUGCACUUAAUGGUAUGAGUGUAGGCUAACAGUGUAUUUGAGCUGGAAAUAAGAUCAAAUAAAAAUACACAAUAUUGCCAAAAGUCAUGCCAUAUGCAUGAACACAGCCAAAAUGAUCCAAAAAAACAACAACAACGAAGAAUGAAAAGCCCAUAAAAUGCGCACAACCGUCCCUAGGCCUGCACAUAGAAUACUAGGGGUAUUCUUUGUCUCACAACAACAAGACAACAUUAUUAAAAUCUUUCAAAGAAUCUAUUAAGUAUAAACAUUUCUAACAAAAACAUUACCAUUACCUGGCUUAAUUCCUAUUCAUUUUUUGAAAUAUUGCGACCAAAUGUCCCAGACUCGCUCCAUUGCAUGUCAAAAAUAUAAUUAUCCUUCAAGUCUAGUUUCACACAUGCUCAUUCAUUCGCGGUCCGUUUCUACGUUUGAAAGUUUUGUAUUUGGGGGUUGGACGAAAGGUUUAUUCAGAAAACUGAAUGUAAAUGUUGUUUUCAUGUCUCUUGCUGUGCCUUCAAGAAAGAAAAAAAAAAUAAUUUGUGUGACAAUCCAGCAUGGCCUGAAAUAUGCUGCAUGGCCUGGAAACUAAAGAGCUGGUGAACAACCAAACACAACAAAAACCCAACCGCCUCGAGUAGUGGUUUUCACUCUUACUAACAGUCAAUGCGGUGGGUAUGCUUAUUAGUAACGCCUGUCCCACACUAGAGGAUUUUCAAAUCUGACUUAAUUUAAAAAAACCAGACCCAACCACAGACACAACAAACUCUGUAACCGAUUUUCAACGUUUUAAUCCUGAGAAAGCACAGACGAGACGAUCCAGUCAAGGCGAACGAUUCCAGGCGUUUGGGAUCUCACAGAAACUCACGCGAUUUAACGUGACUUUGGCGUCGGACGUUCAUGGCUGAAACGCAAAAAAAACUGUGGAUGAAGUGAUGGCUGAGAGGGCGGAAUCAACUCGGCUUGUACAAGGUCUGGUUCUAGGGGAAAAGUACACAACAUCCAUUUCCCGGUCGACUCGCUCUCAUUAUUGCGGUGGUUCUGCUCACGCCCCAAUCACUGUCUAGUCUCAUCAAACAUGUUUAAUCCUUUGAAGACUCUGAUGCGUCCGAUGACGUAAAGACGUCCGUUCAUCCCUCACACUGCAGGAUAGUUUGGCCAGAUUAUCUGUUCAAAUCAGCCUAAAAUCGGAAGGCGCCCACGAUUGUCAAAAGGGCCAAAUCGGGACCGAAGUCUGGCCAAUUGUCCACGAGUGUGGGGCAGGCUUUAGCAGACAAGCAGUGAACUCUUCUAACUGACAUGAGCUACCAACCUCCAAAGAUUUCAGUGAUGUUUCAUGAUCUCCUUUUCCUUCAUGUUCAGGUAGAGAUUUGGAGCCUGACCUUUCAGUCUUGACCUUGUUGUAAACAUGUUGAAUAAACGGUCUCUAACCAAGA